AUGGAUAUAAUAGGGUUAGCUCCAGUACCUAAUCAAAUGGGGCAUUUUGCUGUGUUUGGCAGGCGUGGAUGGUCUGAGACUGCCAACACUUGGGAGGCUCUUGAAAAUCUACAGUCUGUUCCUGAUCUCCUUUAUGCUUUUGAGGAUAGCCUGUCGUUCAUCACGCCCAAAUCAAGAAGCACUCCCAACAUUCUACCACUUCUUACCACCUUAGACAUUUUCCAACUCACAACCCCCAUCCUCAAGCACCCAUCUUUUAUAAGAAAACCUGUUGCUGUUAAAAUCAUUUCCAAGGCGAAGCUUCAUCUCAGAAUUUCAACAUCACUGUCCUAUGGUUACAUGGCAUUUCUUAACUUGCCUGGCUCAACCAUGUGGGGCUUGGGACAGUCAAUGAAGCCAUGCCCCACAAACUCAAAAGACCUUGAGUAUAGAUCGUCCUGCCGAUAUGAUAUGUGGGGGAUUGAUAGACCCAUCUCCGGUAGAAUAAGUAGGAAUUUUGAGAUUUGGGGUUGUGGGAUAAUUAGAUUUAAAGCAUGCUGCCUGGACAUAAAAAUAGGUGUUGUUGAGAGGGAGGUUUAUCUUAAUGUGAAAGGGUGGAGUUUCUGUGUUUUGUGUUCUGCUUUUCUUCAGUCAAAUCCAAUUUUAAUUUAUUUGAAAUGCAAAAAGGGUGCAGUUUCUAGUUACAUUCAUCCAUUCAUCAACAAGAAAUUGCUGCAGAUUUGUGAUGGACUUCCCGCAGAGAAUGUUACAUGUGAAGAUUUGUCAUCUACAAACUCUGGAGCAUCUGCUAUCAAUUUCUGGGAGAAGACUAAUAUUGGAGCAGAAUGUGCUCUAUGUGGCGCUACUGCUAGUGCUUUUAGGAAGUCUUCUGAUGGUCAAUGUGUUCAUGCUCUCUGUUCCAUUCAUUGA